AUGAGGAAUACUCGGCAACAGCUGAAGCUCGCGGUGGAAACUCCGAUUAUAGCAGAGGCGGAGCCAGCGCGAUGUCGAGGCGGUGGUGCCUGCACUGCAGACGUCAACCUGUGCGGAGCUAAAGAAGAGACGCCAUUGAUACGUCGGACUGCCACGCGAGCCCUGGGGGCACUACUGCGACCAAAGUUCAGCCACAGCUCGAGCCUGUUAUGCCACAAGCGGACACACAAGGGCGAGAAGCCCCAUAAGUGCGAUGCAUGUACGGGAGAGUUCAACGAGAGGACGGGGCUGCGGCGUCACAGGCGAACUCACACGGGAGAGAAGCUCUAUAAGUGA